AUGGUUCGUACCUUCUUUCGUAAAUUACUCAUAUACGUAUCCUCUGAAGAUGAUAUUGAUGUUGUUCUUAAUGACAAGGCCAAUGGACAAUCAUCAGGGCACAAGCGUCAAUUUCACGAUUAUUUUGCAGAAAAUUCAGUAUAUCCCUUGAAUCUAUUUCGAAGGAAAUUUCGGAUUAGUUGUCCUCCAUUUCUCUAUAUUCUAAAUGAGAUAACUGCAGCACUUAAAAUGCUGGCAUAUGGGAUUACUAGAGAUUUUAUGGAUAAAUACAUACGUAUUGGUGAAAGUACUGCGAUGGAGAGCCUAAAAAAAUUCUCUGAGACAAUAGUAAGUGCUUUUUCGGAUGAAUAUCUACGAUCUCCAAAUUUCAAUGAUAUUGCCCGAUUACUUACUGUUGCUGAACAAUGGGGAUUCCCAGGAAUGCUGGGAAGCAUUGACUGCAUGCAUCAGAAGUCACAUCCAUGA